UUUCGACCAUGGAGGUCGAACAUGCGCUGGCUUCACCUCAACUCCCCUUCCUGCUAUCUAGAGACUCUGAUGAGAACGCACAGAAUGACAACCGCGCUCCUGAUGUUGCGGGUAGACCUUCAACAGCUGAACUCGUCGAGCGCGCGAUCGCCUCAAAUCACGCACAGAAGGAAGUUGUAGCGGCCCAGCUCGAUCGGUUGUACAGCGAGUUGGAGCAGCUCACUGAUGCACUGGCCGCAGUAGAGGCGCAAGAUAUCACCGAUACACCACCCGAGGAAGUCGAGCCUGUAACAUGUGUACAAGCGCCAGGUGCCUCUCGCCCUGCAAUGUACUUCCAGCAGAAUGAGUUCACGAAGAAGGACUCCCCUUUCGCCGCAGACGCUGGUGAGCGCAACCUAUAUCUAUCGUUGAUCACACCCAAUAGCCUCAGCAAACGAGAGAUGGACCUUCUGAUGAAGGAAGUCGCGCGAGAUUGGGACCGAGUCCGCGCCAAGGAAGCAAACAACAUUCAAGGUGCAAAGUCCCCCGUCGAUAACGACGCCGCCCUCGGCUUGUUGGACUGGACGGGUAUCACCGAGAAAUUCAACUCGAGUAACAACCAGGCGCAGAAGCGCAAGCAGGAGGAGCUGCGCUUCUCUUACAUCACUGCUGCGAAGUACAGCAACAAGUCGGCAUGGUCUGCGAAGGAGAAGACAAAGUUGCAGACGCUCGUCGAAGGGUAUCGGGCGCGGAACGAGGCGGUGGAUUGGGCGAAGGUGUCCGAUGAGCUUGGGACGCAUCGGCUACCCAUGGACUGUAUGAGAGCCGCACAACCCCGGCAGCAGUUCCAGUGGACCCCCGACAAGGACCAGCUACUGCAGCAGAACGUUUUGCGCUGGGGUGACGACAACUGGUCUACAGUCGCCUUUCACACUUCCCCCCACCUCAACGCUACACAGGCCGCCACCCGCUACAACCGCCUCAACCAAAAGAGCGGGCGCUGGUCCCCGACGGAGGACAGGAGGCUGCGCGAGGCGCACCGGCUGUUCGAGGGCGCGUACAUGCAGAUCGCGACGUAUCUGGAGGGCCGGACGAAUGAGCAGUGCCGGGAUCAUUGGAAUGAUAUCAAGGAUAAUCCGAAGAAGAGGAAGAAGAUGGCGGGGGAGGGGCAGAGUCAGGCGGGGUCGGCGAGUGGAACACCAGGACCCACGAGGGGGACGCCAGGACCGACAAGUGGGACGCCGGCGCCUGCGGAAGGAGCGAGCGACGAAAGGCCAGCAAAGAGGAGGAAGACUGCGGCGGCUCCGAAGACGACUGCGCAGGAAGCGCCCCCGACGUCGUCCUUACCUGCAGUCGACUUGAUCGAUCCAUCGCUGCGAGCCCUGAUCCCCAACGCAUCGCCCGUGGCGUCAUCGUCUUCGUCAACCGCGGUAACGAGCAACGGACCACCAGCAUCAGGCAAACCUACCGAAGUAUCAGCAACUCACAAUACCGAGAUUACCACACCAGCCGAGCCACCAGUCAAACCCAAGCGUCCUCGGGGCCGCCCUCGCAAGGUGCCCCCGCCACCACCCGCGGAUGCAGUGGCUGCGCAAACGGCCACCACCACCGCUGCUGUUCCGUCUACCUCACAGGCUGCAGCGUCGGCCUCUCGGCCUGCAACGCCUGCCUCUCAGCCUGCGCCAUCCACGGUGCAGCCUACGACGUCCACUUCUCAGCCUUUGACAGCCCAAUCGAUUGCGACCUCACAGCCUCAAUCCUUGAACACGGAUAACGGAGCGCAAUCAGCUGACGCCACCGCGCCAGCUGACCCCUCCGCCGAGUCCGCAGACAUGCCCGCAGUGCGCGGUCGAGGGAGAGGCAGAGGUCGUGGACGGGGUCGCGGUCGGGGAAGAGGUCGGGGUGGGGCUGCUCGCGCGGCGUCGCCAGUCCAGGAUAGCGAAGACAAUGGCAAUGCUGGAGCUAUUAGCGCGCACAGUGAAAUAGCGCAUGGCGACACCUCGCCAGCGAAUGCACCAUCCGAGGCACCCCGACGUAGUGGGCGCGCACGGAAGGCUGUCUCGUACGCAUUCGUCCCCGAAGAGGAGGAGGAGUCAGAAGAUGAGGUACAAAUGCCCGUUAGAAAGCAACCGCCAGUAAAGGAGCCUCCGACGAGACGAGGGCGGAAGAAAAAGGUCGAUGGCGCAGCGGCGCAAGAGGCCUCGGGCUCGGCGCAGGUUGAGGGUGAUCCGACGCCUUCUGAAGCUGCUGCACACCCACCCGUCAGCAGGAGCGGUAUGAGCAUCGCAUCUUUGCUCAACUGA